AUGUUAACAGAACGCCAGUGCCAAAACUGGUUUGCAAAAUUUCGUUCUGGCAAUUUUGAUAUUAAAGAUACACCACGUUCUGGAAGACCAGUUAAAGCUGAUGAAGACAAAAUAAAGGCAUUGGUUGAAGCAAACCGUCGAAUAACAACACGAGAACUUGCUACAAUAUUGAAUUUGUCGAAUUCGACCGUUCAUGACCAUAUGAAACGACUUGGUUUGAUUUCAAAGCUUGAUAUGUGGGUGCCACAUGCUCUCAAAGAAAGAGAUUUACUCCGUCGCAUUGACAUCUGUGAUUCGCUGCUCAAACGUGAAGAAAACGAUCCAUUUCUGAAGCGAAUCAUAACUGGCGAUGAAAAAUGGAUUGUCUACAAUAAUGUUAAACGCAAGCGAUCAUGGAGCAGAAGAGAUGAGCCGGCUCAAAUUACAGCAAAAGCCGAUAUUCAUCAAAAAAAAGUGAUGCUCUCUGUUUGGUGNGAUUUCAAAGGAAUUGUUUUCUUUGAGUUUCUACCAGACAAUUCUACAAUUAAUUCGGAAGUGUACUGCAAUCAAUUGGAUAAAUUGAAUGAUUCCAUUAAACAGAAGAGACCAGAAUUAAUUAACAGAAAAGGCGUAGUCUUUCACCAUGAUAACGCCAGACCUCAUACAAGUUUGAUGACUCGCCAGAAGCUGUUACAGCUUGGAUGGGAUGUGCUACCGCACCNACCAUAUUCACCAGAUUUGGCACCUUCUGAUUAUUAUUUGUUCCGAUCUUUACAAAACUUUUUAAACGGCAAAACAUUUAGUUCGAAUGAAGAUGUAAAAAAUCACUUGGAUCAGUUUUUUGCAAGCAAAAAUCAGAAGUUUUACGAGCGUGGAAUUAUGCCAGAAGUGCAACAGGAAAGUAAAACCACUAUAAAGCUAAAAGAAAAGGUGGAUAUUAAGAGUACGGCUAUAGGAGUAACAAACUUGAGAAGAGGAAGCAAUGGUACAGUAAUCAUGGGAUGUGAAACUGGAGAGGAAGUAAACAACUUCCUUAAAGGAGACAAUUUAAGCUAA